AUGCUCGAGAACGAACUUUUAACUGAAGAUGAAAAAAGCUACACUAACUUUUUAAGAAUGAAUCAAACUGUAUUUAACAAACUAUUUGAGAAAGUUGGAUUGCUAAGCUGGAUUGCUAAGCAAAUUACUGUUAUGAGGCAAUCAAUAAGUGCUAAAAAAAGAUUAUUACUUACACUACGAUACUUGGCUACUGGAGAAAGUCGUGUAAGUCUCUCCUAUUCUACUAGAAUAGCAAAAAAUACAAUUGGUGGCAUUGUUAUGGAAACUGUAAAUGCAAUUAUAUCUUGUUUAAUAAAAGAUUAUUUAAAGAUUCCAGAUACCCAAGAAAAAUGGGUGAAGAUAGCAGCAGAUUUGUAUGAUAUGUGGCAGUUUCCAAACUGCUUAGGAGCGAUGGAUGGGAAACAUAUUACAUUUAGACCAAGACGAGCAGAUGGUGCAUUUUAUCAUAAUUAUGAAGGAACCGAUAGUUUUGUUCUUUUAGGUGUUUGCGAUGCUAAAUAUUUUUAUAUUGUCGGUUAA